AUGCGAGGAGGAUGGUUCACCGCAGUCACCCUCGAGGAUCCAGACCAGUUCAAACAUGUCGAGACUGCCAAUGUGAAUGAUCAAGAUGAGGGCUUUAGUGGUGAAGCUAAUGAAGAGGGAACGUCCAAGCCUGCAUUAUUAAUUGAAGAUCUUGCUAAAGAGGGAACUGUUGAAGUGAAGUUGGAAGAGGAGCUCAAUGAUGUUGCUCUUGAAAUGGACGAUGUAGGAGACAAGCAGGAUGCAUCGGUCGAAGCGGCCUUGCUUCCUACUGCCGCAUUUGAAAAAGAUGGUGAGCUGGCAGCAGAUGCAGAACUGGAGGUUCUGGAGGGUAUAUUCAACAAAUUCUCAAUUGUUGAGCCAGAGGAAUUUGACUCACCAAUUGUGGAAGAUAAGCAUUCUAGGCGAUUGAGCUGCAUUGGUGCGGGAGAUAGUUGCAAUUCCGCCAGUAAGAUGAGCAGAUCACGCAGCAUGGAUGCUUCAUCCGAUUUUGUUGCUAAUGAGUUUUUGGAUAUGCUUGGGAUAGCACAUAGCCCAUUUGGGGUAACCUCAGAUAGUGAUCCCGAGUCACCAAGAGAGCGGCUUUGGAAGCAGUUUGAAAAGGAAGCUCUAGAAUCUGGGGACUGUAUUCUUGGUUUGGAUUUCGAAGAUGAGGUGGAAGAACCUAGUUGUGAAGAUGUUGCAGAGGAUUUCGAUCUCUCCACAAUCAUACGCGAGGCUGAACUUGAGCUGCAGAAUGUAGUUCCGCCCAUAGACACCACAUUUAGAGCCAAGUCACUGGAAGACGAGGAAACUGAAGCUUUGAUGCGUCAAUUUGGGCUAAAUGAGAAGUCCUUCCAGUCUUCUCCACCUGGGAGUAGAAGUGGGUUUGGUAGCCCCAUUGCCCUCCCACCUGAGCAGCCCCUUGAGUUGCCACCUUUGGCUGAUGGUUUGGGCCCAUUUAUUCAGACAGAGGAUGGUGGAUUUCUGCGGUCGAUGAAUCCAGUUCUUUUCAAGAAUGCAAAGAACAAUUGUAGCUUGGUCAUGCAGGCUUCUUCUCCAAUCGUACUGCCAGCAGAAAUGGGCUCUGGAAUUAUGGAGAUAUUGCAUGGUCUAGCUUCAGUUGGAAUCGAAAAGCUAUCAAUGCAAGCAAACAAACUUAUGCCCUUAGAAGAUGUCAAUGGCAAAAUGAUGCAGCAGCUUGCAUGGGAGGCUUCUCCUGCUCUAGAGUCUUCAGGAAGAUAUGACCUACUGGAGAAUCAUAGUUUUGAUGCGUUGGCAGCAGGGGCCAGCAAUGCUGCUUUGGGAAAGAAGAAGAAGAAAGAAAGAGGUGCUGAUCUGUCAUCAUCAUUGGGUGCGAUAAGUGCUUCAGAAUAUGUUUCACUUGAGGAUCUUGCUCCAUUAGCUAUGGAAAAGAUUGAAGCCCUUUCUAUUGAGGGUCUGAGGAUACAGUCUGGCAUGUCCGAAGAAGAGGCACCAUCCAAUAUCAGUGCCCACCCUAUUGGAGAAAUUUCAUCUCUACAAGGAAAGUCCGCAGAGAAUACUUUGUCACUUGGUUUGGAAGGAACUGCAGGAUUGCAGCUUCUGGAUGUUAAACAAGCUGGUGGUGAUGUUGAUGGAUUAAUGGGCUUAUCGAUCACUCUAGAUGAGUGGAUGAGGCUUGAUUCCGGAGUAGUGGAUGAAGAGGAGCAGUUCAGUGACCGUACAUCGAAAAUACUUGCUGCCCACCAUGCCAAACCAACGGACCUACUUGGUGAAGGCCAGACUGCAGACAAAAAGAGCAGGAGAUCUGGUAGAAGAUGGGGUUUGUUGGGGAACAACUUCACAGUUGCUCUCAUGGUUCAAUUGCGUGACCCGCUACGUAACUACGAGCCAGUUGGCACACCGAUGCUUUCUUUGAUUCAAGUUGAGAGGGUUUUUAUUCCCCCAAAGCCCAAGAUAUACAGCACCGUUUCAGAGAAAGGUAACAGUGAGCAAGAUUAUGAGGAGCCCAAUCCUGAGCAGGUUCUUGAUAAAGUAUCGGUCGAUGAAGAAAAGAUAGAGGAAGACUCUGUUCCCCAAUUUAAAGUCACAGAAGUGCAUGUGGCCGGUUUUAAGAGUGAGCCUGAGAAGACAAAACCGUGGGCUAAUCAAACACAGCAGCAAUCUGGUUCGAGAUGGCUGCUAGGAGCUGGCAUGGGCAAGGGCAGCAAGCAUCCUCUGAUGAAAUCGAAAGCCACUGCAAAGGCCACGAAAGACGCAGCUGUUCAGCAAGGAGACACCCUGUGGAGCAUUUCUUCACGUGUUCAUGGAGCAGGGACAAGAUGGGGCGAGUUAACAGGAUCUAAGCGGAACCCUAAUAUCCUCCUCCAGAAGGAUAAGAGAUUCCGGUGA